GACACCUUUUCAAAAGUACGGAAGAUAAUUCUGUUCCAUUAGGAAGUAAGGAAGUUGGGAGGGACUACAGGUAUGCUUAAACAUGAUUUUUCAGUAAAACUGAAACUGAAUCAGCUGACAUUCACUGCAGAUCUAAAGAGGAACAACUAUGGCAGAAUAUUCAGACUCAUCACAAAAACAAACUCUGUCAGAGGAGCUCCAGUGCUCAAUCUGUCUUGAUGCGUUCACUGAUCCAGUCAGCACUCCAUGUGGACACAACUUCUGUAAGAGCUGUCUGAACCAGUGCUGGAACAACAGCCAGACCUACAACUGCCCAUUAUGUAAAGACACAUUCAAUAAGAAACCAGAACUCAAGAUCAACACAGCACUCAGACAGCUUGUGCAGAUGUUCAAGCAAAACAUUCCCGAGAAGACAUCUGAAGUUCUCUGUGACAUAUGUGAUGGUGUUAAGAAGAAAGCCUUGAAGAUCUGUCUGGUGUGUCAAAAUGCCUACUGUCAAACUCACCUGGAUCUUCAUCAGAAAGUAACAAAUUUGAAACACAAAUUGAUUGAUCCCGUGUUGAAUCUUGAGAACUAUAUAUGUCAGAAACACGAGAAACCUCUGGAGCUGUUCUGUAAAGAUGAUCAGACAUGUGUGUGUUUGCUCUGCGCUGUGACAAGUCACAGGAAUCACAACACUGUUGCUGUAGAGGAGGAGAGUAAAGAGAGAAAGCCUCUGAUUAUGAAGAUGAAGACAGAUGUGCAGCAGAUGAUCCAGUACAGAAAGAAGACAAUUCAAGAUAUCAAAUGCUCAAUGGAUCAUAAAAAAAAAACAUCAGAGAAAGAGAAAGCCGAUUGCACUGAGCUCUUCGCUGAUCUGAUGCGCUGCAUUGAGAGAUAUCAGUCUGAGCUGCUGAAGAUGAUGGAGCAGAAGCAGAAAGCAGCAGAGAAGCAGGCUGAAGAGCUGAUUAAAGAUCUGGAGAAGGAGAUCACUGAGCUGAAGAGGAGAGACGCUGAGCUGGAGCAGAUCUCACACACUGAAGAUCACCUGCACCUCCUACAGAUUUACCCAGAGCUGAGCAAACCUCCACGCACCAGCAGCUGGACUCACGUCAGAAUCAGUGACACUCAGCUGAGUGUGGAGACUCUGAGGAAAACUCUCACUCAGCUACACGACACUCUGGAAUUGAGACUCACCAAAACUGUUUUGAAGAGGAUGCAGCAAAAUACAGUGAACGUGACUCUGGAUCCUGAGACGGCUUAUUCAAAACUCAACCUGUCUGAUGAUGGAAAACAAGUGACUUACGGAGCCACUGUGCAGAAACACCCUGCCAACCUAAAGAGGUUUGAUAGUUGUUGCUCCGUCCUGGCAAAAGAGGGAUUCAACUCUGGGAAAUUUUAUUUUGAGGUGCAGGUGAAAGGAAAGACUGACUGGGAUUUAGGAGUGGCCAGAGAAUCAGUUAACAGGAAGGGAACGAUCACAGGGAGUCCUGUGAAUGGAUACUGGAUUAUAGUUUUGAGAAAUGGAAACCAGUACAAGGCUCGGGAGUCUCCCACUCUCUCUCUGUCUCCGCGAGUGAAGCCUCAGGUUGUGGGUGUGUUUGUGGAUUAUGAGGAGGGUUUGGUCUCUUUUUAUGAUGUGGAGUCCAGCUCUCUCAUUUAUUCUUUCACUGGUCAGACUUUCAGUGAGAAAAUCUUUCCAUACUUCAGCCCUGGUACUACAAAAGAGGGUAAAAACGCUGCUCCACUGAUCAUCUUAAAUGUAAAAUAUAAUAUGUGAAUUUACCACAUAAAUAUGAAUCUUUUAGCACUAGGAGUACUUGUUAAAAUAUGCAAGUAGAGCAGAAUAAACGGUAAGAGCUCUUGACACAGAAUCAUGUUACAUUGUUUUCCUGAGAAAAUAAAAAUGGUGGAACAUUUAUUACUUUAAUUCAAAUUGACAGAUAGGAUUUUUUGUAGUGCAGCAAUGUUAUUUGAAAGUAUUUAUACACUUGUGAGAUGUUUUAAAUGAUUAAGUUGAUGAUACACUGAUUUCACAAGUCUGAAUCAACUUGAGCAAAGAACUGGAGAUUCCCACAGUCUCAGUGCCUGUAUUUUGACUGAAUUUGGGAAAAGAUUAGUUACUGUUGAAUUUUAAGAUUUAUUAUUGCAAAUGAAAAGUCUAUUUCAUUUUGACUGUCUAUUUGUGAUGUUUUUCUGCUGUUUAAACUCACAGUAUGUAAUGCUUGAAUGUAGACAUACAGUUGAAGUCAGAAUUAUUAGUCCCCCUGAAUUAUUAGCCCCCUGUUUAUUUUCCCCCCUAUUUCUGUUUAGCGGAGAGAAGAUUUUUCAACAUUUUUAAUCAUAAUAGUUUUAAUAAAUAACUUCUAAUAACUGAUUUAUUUUAUCUUUGCCAUGAUGACAGUAAAUAAUAUUUUACUAGAUAUUUUUCAAGACACUUCUAUACAGCUUAAAGUGACAUUUAAAGGCUUAACUAAUUAGGUCUACUAGGCAGGUUAGGGUAAUUAGGCAAGUUAUUGUAUAAUGGUGGUUUGUUUUGUAGACAGUCGAAAAAAAAUUGCUUUAAAGAGGCUAAUAAUUUUGACCUUAAAUGUUUCAUAAAAAAUUAAAAACAGCUUUUAUUCUAGCCGAAAUAAAACAAAUAAGACUUUCUUCAGAAGAAAAAAAUAUUAUCAGGCAUACUGUGAAAAUUUCCUUGCUCUGUUAUACAUAAUUUGGGAAAUAUUUAAAAAAGAAAGACAAUUAAAGGGGGGCUAAUAAUUCUGACUUCAACUGUAUAUGUAUAUUACCAUCUGAGUGGACCAUAGCACAUGUAAAUGUGUGAUUGCAUGUUUUUCUUAAAAUUAUAUUACAUUUCGUUCUGUUUUUAUAUAUUGUUUUAACAUUUACCAGCACACAUUGACACAUUUUGUUUUUACUUAUUUUGUAUGCUUAACUACAUAGUAGCCUCUAUUUUGUUUUUUUCUUCACUUGUUUGCACAUUUAAAUUAUCAAUAUUAUAAUCAGUAGUAAUUAUCAGUCUGAAAAUCUUAAGGAAAUACAUUUACUGGAGUAUAUUUUUUAGGGUCUCUGUACUUUCACUCUCAUCCUUGCUUUGUGUUCAUCCAAAAGUAGUGUCAUCAGCAAUUUUCUGAAUGAUAAAUUAAUAGAACUGGGACUAAUUUUUUCACAAUUCAGAAUAAUUCCCUAUUGCUACACCUCUGACUGUGUCUAGUGUAAGUGUUAUGUGUGCAGACCCUUCACAUACUAUACACAACUUGACAAAAGUCUUGUCAUUGAUCACAGUUGUUAGAGCAAUAAAUAAUAACUUGACUUCUAGUUGAUCAUUUGGAAAA